AUGCCAGAAAAGGAGAACAACUUCCCGCCGCUGCCCAAGUUCAUCCCUCUGAAGCCUUGUUUCUACCAGAACUUCUCUGAUGAGAUCCCCAUUGAGCAUCAGGUCCUAGUGAAGAGGAUCUACCGGCUGUGGCUGUUCUACUGCGCCACACUGGCGGUCAAUCUCAUCGCAUGCCUGGCCUGGUGGAUCGGAGGCGGCUCAGGAGCCAACUUUGGCCUGGCCCUGGUCUGGCUGCUGCUCUUCUCCCCCUGUAGCUAUGUGUGCUGGUUCCGGCCUGCUUACAAGGCCUUCCGGGCCGACAGUUCCUUCAAUUUCAUGGCAUUUUUCUUUAUCUUCGGAGCCCAGUUCGUCCUGACCGUCAUCCAGGCUAUCGGUUUCUCAGGAUGGGGUGCUUGUGGUUGGCUGGCAGCGAUCGGGUUCUUCCAGACCAGUGUUGGAGCUGCCGUGGUCAUGCUGUUUCCGGCCAUCAUGUUCACAAUGUCAGCCGCCGUGAUGGCCAUUGUGAUCAUGAAGGUACACAGAAUCUACCGGGGGAGCGGUGGAAGCUUCCAGAAGGCACAGACAGAGUGGAACAAUGGCACUUGGCGGGACCCACUGUCCCGGGAGGCCCAGUUCAACAACUUCUCAGGGAAUAGCCUGCCUGAAUACCCUACUGUACCCACCUAUCCAGCCAGUGGUAGCCAAUGGCCUUAG